AUGGCAGAAGGUGCAGAUGGAGAGGAAGAGAUUCAGUUCCUGCGUACGGACGAUCAAGUGGUGCUGCAGUGCACUGCAUCUAUUCUUAAGGAACAGAUCAAGCUGUGUCUGUCAUGUGAAGGGUUCGGGAAUCGUCUCUGCUUCCUUGAGACCACCUCCAACGCUCAGAAUGUCCCUCCAGACCUCGCUAUCUGCUGCUUCAUCUUGGAGCAGUCCCUGUCCGUGCGGGCUCUGCAGGAGAUGCUGUCCAACUCUUCUGUGGAUGAGUCAUCACAAGGAGGGGGUCACAGAACUCUACUGUAUGGACACGCCAUCCUCCUUAAGCACACACACUCCAGCAUGUACUUGAGCUGUUUGACUACUUCGCGUUCACUGACAGACAAACUGGCUUUUGAUGUGGGCUUGCAGGAAGACUCCACAGGGGAGGCCUGCUGGUGGACCAUCCAUCCAGCCUCAAAACAGAGGUCUGAAGGCGAGAAGGUCAGGGUGGGAGAUGACCUCAUUCUCGUCAGUGUAUCUUCAGAGCGAUACCUGCAUCUGUCCUAUGCCAGUGGCGACUUGAUGGUCGAUGCUUCCUUCAUGCAAACGCUGUGGACCAUGACGCCUGUGAUGUCAGGAUGUGAGCUGGCUGAAGGUUUUCUGACUGGAGGUUAUGUGCUCAGGCUGUUCCAUGGUCACAUGGAUGAGUGCUUGGCAAUCCCUGGAGCUGAGCAAGGGGACGACCCGCGCAGAGUUGCUCAUUAUGAAGGAGGGGCAGUGUGCAGCCAUGCCAGGUCCUUAUGGAGACUGGAGCCGCUACGUAUCGGUUGGAGCGGAGGUCACAUUAAAUGGGGCCAGUCUUUUCGGAUCCGUCACAUAACAACAGGCAGGUACCUCUGUCUGGAUGAAGAGAAAGGGCUGCUGCUGGUGGACCCUGAGAAGGCCGUUUCCAAGAUGUCAGCCUUCUGCUUCCGAAUUUCAAAGGAAAAAAUCGAAGUGACACAGAAGCGAGAUGUGGAAGGAAUGGGCAUUCCUGAGAUCAAGUAUGGAGAGUCCAUGUGCUUCGUACAGCACGUGUCAACAGGCCUCUGGCUUACAUACGCUGCUGUCGAUGCAAAAUCGGCCCGUCUAGGUCCUUUAAAAAGAAAGGCAAUACUCCAUAAAGAAGGUCACAUGGAUGAUGCGCUCACAGUGGCCAGAUCUCAGACCGAAGAGUCCCAAGCAGCCCGAAUGAUUCACAGCACAACAGGCCUCUUCAACCAGUUCAUCAAACGUCUAGAUGCUCUAAGUGGGAAAAACAAAUCUUCCAAUCCCCCAUCUCUGCCUAUGGACGCUGUGGUGCUCUCCCUGCAGGACCUCAUUUUCUACUUCAGACCCCCCGAGGAGGAGCUGGAGCAUGAGGACAAACAGUUCAAGCUUCGCUCCCUCAAGAACAGACAGAACCUCUUCCAGGAAGAGGGGAUGAUUACUCAUGUUCUGGACUGUGUUGAUCGGCUCAAUGUCUACAACACAGCAGCCCACUUCUCAGAGUAUGCAGGGGAGGAAGCUGCAGAGUCCUGGAAGGAGAUAGUCAAUUUACUGUAUGAACUGCUAGCAUCUUUGAUCAGAGGGAAUCGUGCAAACUGUGCUUUGUUCUGUGAUAACCUUGACUGGUUGGUCAGUAAACUGGAUCGUUUGGAGGCGUCUUCAGGAAUCCUGGAGGUGUUGUAUUGUGUUCUGAUUGAGAGUCCAGAGGUGUUGAACAUUAUCCAGGAGAAUCACAUCAAAUCAAUCAUCUCUCUGCUGGAUAAACAUGGACGCAAUCACAAGGUGUUGGAUGUGCUCUGUUCUCUGUGUGUGUGUAAUGGGGUGGCUGUGAGGUCAAAUCAGAAUCUCAUCACAGAGAAUCUACUUCCGGGUCGUGACCUACUACUUCAAACCAACAUUAUCAAUUAUGUAACCAGCAUGAGACCCAACAUUUUCCUUGGAACGUGUGAAGGAUCCACUCAGUAUAAGAAGUGGUAUUUUGAGGUGAUGGUGGACCACGUGGAGCCGUUCCUCACAGCUCAGGCUUAUCACCUGCGUGUGGGCUGGGCUCUGACGGAGGGCUAUAGUCCUUACCCUGGUGGAGGUGAAGGCUGGGGUGCUAACGGCGUCGGAGACGACCUCUACUCCUACAGUUUUGACGGACUUAACCUUUGGUCAGGACGUGUUCCACGUCACGUUGCCACACCCAAUCAGCACAUCCUGGCAGCAGAGGACGUCAUAAGCUGCUGUUUGGAUCUGAGCGUGCCGAGCAUUUCCUUUCGUAUCAACGGGUAUCCUGUUCAAGGAAUGUUUGAGAACUUCAACCUGGACGGCCUGUUUUUCCCCGCUGUCAGCUUCUCUGCAGGCGUUAAGUUGCGAUUUCUUCUCGGAGGGCGUCAUGGGGAUUUCAAGUUUCAACCACCCCCCGGCUACGCUCCUUGCUAUGAGGCAGUGCUGCCCAGGGACCGUCUGCGGAUCGAGCCCAUCAAGGAGUAUAAGCACGAUUUCGAUGGCAUCCGCAACCUGCUAGGUCCAACUCAGUCCCUCUCACACACAGCUUUCACUCCUUGCCCCUUGGACACUAUACAGAUUGUGUUACCUCCUCAUUUGGAACGCAUUCGAGAGAAGCUUGCAGAAAAUAGCCACGAGUUAUGGGCUGUUACUCGCAUUGAACAAGGAUGGACCUACGGACCAUUUCGUGACGACAACAAGAAGCUGCAUCCCUGCCUGGUGGAUUUCCAGAGUCUGCCGGAACCAGAGAAGAACUACAAUUUAGCCAUGUCAGGAGAGACCCUGAAGACUCUGCUGGCACUCGGCUGCCAUGUAGGGAUGGGUGAUGAGAAAGCAGAGGAGAAUCUGAAAAGGACCAAGCUCCCCAAAACUUACAUGCAGAGUAGUGGAUAUAAGCCGGCGCCUCUGGACCUCAACUACGUCAAGCUGACCCCCAAUCAAAACACUCUUGUUGAGAGACUGGCAGAAAAUGGACACAACGUGUGGGCAAGAGACCGAGUUCGCCAGGGCUGGACAUACAGCAUUGUCCAGGAUAUAAUGAACAAGCGCAAUCCACGCUUGGUUCCUUACAACCUACUUGACGAAAAGACUAAGAAGACGAACAGAGACACAGUUUGUGCAGCUGUUCGCACUCUCAUUGGAUAUGGUUACAAUAUAGAACCACCUGACCAGGAGGGCUGCACUGGACCAGGCAGCAACCGUGGAGAUAAGAUCCGAGUGUUCCGAGCAGAGAAAUCUUACGCUGUCACUCAGGGGAAGUGGUACUUUGAGUUUGAGGCUGUGACAGUCGGGGAGAUGAGAGUGGGCUGGGCAAGACCCAAUGUUCGUGCAGACACUGAACUCGGUGCAGAUGAGUUGGCAUACGUCUUCAAUGGUUUCAAGGCUCAACGUUGGCAUGUGGGAAAUGAGUCAUUUGGUCGUCAGUGGCUAUCCGGCGACGUGGUGGGUUGUAUGAUCGACCUGACAGAGAUGAACAUCAUGUUCACACUCAACGGGGAAAUGUUGAUCAGUGACUCAGGCUCAGAGAUGGCCUUUAAGGAUAUUGAGAUUGGCGAAGGAUUUAUACCCGUGUGCAGUCUGGGCCUCUCUCAGGUCGGAAGGAUCAACUUGGGUCAGAACGUCAGCAGUCUUCGUUACUUUACCAUCUGUGGCCUGCAGGAGGGAUUUGAACCCUUUGCCAUCAACAUGAAGAGAGACAUCACCAUGUGGUUCAGCAAGAGCCUUCCCCAGUUUAAUAUUGUGCCUACUGAUCAUCCUCACAUUGAGGUGUCCCGUGUUGAUGGGACAGUGGAAUCAGCCCCUUGCCUCAAAGCGACCCACAAGACAUUCGGUUCUCAGAACGCCAACACAGAUCUGCUGUUCUUCAGGCUCAGUAUGCCAGUUGAGUUUCACGAGACCUUCAAAGUCACAGCAGGCACCACCCUCCUUACCCGUACACUGACCAACCCUGAGGAUGAGGUGAUCGAGGUGGACCCGGACUCUGAUUUUGAAAUACUCAAGAAGUCUGCCACUCGCAAUGAGCUGGAGGAGGAGAAGAAAGAACCCUCUGUGCCCAAAGAGAUCCCCAAGAAUGGAGAGAAUGAGAAGGAUGCCUCAACUGAGAAAAGCAAGAAGAAAGGAUUCCUCUUCAAGGCUAAGAAGGCUGCGCUUAUGUCAUCACCACCUAUUGUUCCCGCCAUGCCCCGCUUAAUGGAGGAUGUGGUGCCAGACGACAGGGACGAUGUUGACAUUAUCCUCAACACUACGACAUAUUACUACUCUGUGCGAGUGUUUGCGGGACAGGAGCCUAGUGGCGUGUGGGUGGGCUGGAUCACACCUGACUAUCACCAGUACGACCCUCAUUUUGACAUCAGCAAAGUGAGAAAUGUAACAGUCACUGUAGGUGAUGAUAAAGGCAACAUUCACGGCAGUAUAAAACGCAGUAACUGCUACAUGGUUUGUGGAGGGGAGUUCAGCAGCUCCCAGCAGACCAGAGUCAGUCAGGAGGAUUUUGUGAUUGGCUGUCUUAUUGAUCUGGACACAGGACUCAUGACUUUCACUGCUAAUGGAAAAGAGAUAAACACAUUUUACCAGGUGGAGCCCAACACAAAGCUGUUCCCAGCUGUCUUCGUGCUUCCUUCCAGUCAGAAUAUGAUUCAGUUUGAACUGGGCAAGCUGAAGAACAUUAUGCCAAUCUCUGCCGCCAUGUUCCGGAGUGAGCGCAAGAAUGCCGUCCCCCAGUGCCCUCCUAGACUGGACGUCCAAAUGUUAACCCCGGUCAUCUGGAGCCGCAUGCCCAACCACUUCCUGGCUCCGGAGACAGGCCGUAUUAAUGAGAGACUGGGCUGGGUGGUGCAGUGUAAGGAGCCGCUUACCAUGAUGGCCCUCCACAUUCCAGAGGAGAACAGGUGUAUAGACAUCCUGGAGCUGUCUGAACGAAUGGACCUGCUGAAGUUCCACUAUCAUACCCUGAAGCUGUACGGCUCAGUGUGCGCUCUGGGAAACAAUCGUGUGGCUCACGCUCUGUGCAGCCACGUGGAUGAAUCCCAGCUCUUCUACUCCAUCGAGAACACCUACCUACCGGGACCAAUGAGGAGUGGCUUCUACGACCUACUCAUCAGCAUGCACCUGGAGUCUGCCAAGAGGAACCGACUGGGAACCAACAAGGAAUUCAUAGUUCCAAUGACGGAUGAAACACGCAGUAUUACUCUGUACUCAGACAAAUCUCACGCUUUACCUGGGGUCGGCCUCACAACAUGUCUACGUCCCAAACUCCAUUUCUCGUCUAUUGGCUUUGUGGGAACAGAUCAAGACAUCUACACACUGAGUCCAGUCAUCCCCUUACAGGUUUUAAAGACCAAGGCCCUAAACAUGCUGACUGAGGCUGUGCAAGACGGUGGUCAAGCCAUGAGGGAUCCUGUGGGAGGUAGUGUCGAGUUUCACUUUGUUCCAAUCCUGAAGCUCAUCAGUACUCUCCUCAUCAUGGGUGUGUUCGAUGAUGAAGACGUCACACACAUUCUGAAGAUGAUUGAGCCGACGGUCUUCACUGCGGAGGAAGAAGAAGAGGAGUAUGAGGAUGACGGCUUGGGUGAGGAUGAGGAGGAGGAAGAGUUCGAAGAAGAGGAAGAAUUAGAGGAGGAAGAGUCGAUCAUGCCACGCAAUGACAAAGAGAUGAAACCUGCAGAGGCUAAAGAAGGGGAAGCUAAAGAACAUCUGGAGCAAGGACUUUUCCAGAUGAAGCUUCCAGAGUCUGUAAAAUUACAGAUGUGCACUCUACUGCAGUAUUUCUGUGACUGUGAGCUACGCCACAGAGUGGAGGCCAUCACUGCCUUUUCUGACCAGUUCGUCAGCCAGAUCCAGUCCAACCAGCGGCAUCGCUACAACGAACUGAUGCUGGCCUUCACCAUGAGUGCGGCCGAGACCGCCCGCAAGACCCGAGAAUUUCGGUCCCCACCACAGGAGCAGGUCAACAUGCUCAUGAAUUUCAAGAACUGCGCUGAAGAUGAAGAGUGCCCCAUUCCUGAUGAGGUCCGAGAAUCCCUGCUGGUUUUUCACAAUGUUCUGCUCGUCCACUGUGGUGUUCAUAUUGAAGAAGAAGGGCAAGAGGAGGAAGUGGAUUAUUCUCUCCGCGGACGACUGUUACGUUUGUUGGUUAAGGUGAAGAAGUUCCACGAGAAGAAGGUGGUGCUGGAGCCGGAGCCACAGGAAGACAAAAAACCAAGCACACUGCAGGAGCUGAUUUCCCAUACUAUGAUCCACUGGGCCCAGGAAUCAUUCAUCCAGAACCCUGAGCUUGUGCGCAUGAUGUUCAGCCUCCUUCACAGGCAGUACGACGGGCUGGGCGAGCUCAUGCGGGCCCUCCCCAAGGCCUACACCAUCAAUGCGGUAUCAAUUCGGGACACUAUGGACCUGCUGGAGUGCCUGGGACAGAUCCGCUCACUGCUUAUUGUCCAGAUGGGUCCAGAGGAAGAGAGGCUUAUGAUUCAAAGCAUAGGGAACAUCAUGAGUAACAAAGUUUUCUAUCAGCACCCCAACUUGAUGCGAGCGCUGGGCAUGCAUGAAACUGUAAUGGAGGUCAUGGUUAAUGUACUGGGUGGUGGGGAUUCAAAGGAGAUCAGAUUCCCUCGAGUGGUGACAAACUGUUGCCGUUUCCUUUGCUAUUUCUGUCGCAUCAGUCGCCAAAAUCAGCGCUCUAUGUUUGACCACCUCAACUACCUUCUGCAGAACAGUGGCAUCGGACUUGGAAUGCGGGGCUCCACCCCCUUGGACGUGGCCGCGGCGUCUUGUAUCGACAACAAUGAGCUUGCAUUGGCUCUCCAGGAGCAGGACCUGGAAAUGGUGGUCAAGUAUUUAGCUGGAUGUGGACUGCAGAGCUGCCCGAUGCUGCUGUCUAAAGGCUACCCUGACAUUGGUUGGAAUCCAUGUGGUGGAGAGAAAUACUUGGACUUUCUUCGUUUUGCUGUAUUUGUCAACGGAGAGAGCGUAGAGGAGAAUGCCAACGUGGUGGUACGUCUCCUCAUCCGCAGACCUGAGUGCUUUGGUCCGGCCCUGAGAGGGGAAGGAGGCAACGGUCUUCUGGCUGCAAUAGAGGAGGCCAUCAAGAUAUCAGAGGACCCUGCAAGAGAUGGACCUAGUGUAAAGAAAGACAGACGCUUUCCAAUGUUUGGGGGAGAGGAGCAGCAUGAGGAGAACAAGGUGCACCUGGGAAAUGCCAUCAUGUCGUUCUACUCCGCUCUGAUCGACUUGCUGGGACGCUGCGCUCCAGAGAUGCAUUUGAUUCAGGCUGGUAAGGGUGAGGCUCUCAGGAUCAGGGCCAUUCUGAGGUCUCUUGUCCCUCUUGAGGAUCUGGUGGGAGUCAUCAGCCUUUCUCUUCAGAUUCCUGCUUUAGGAAAAGACAACAGCAUCAUAGAGCCAAAGAUGUCUGCUAGUUUUGUGCCGGAUCACAAGGCUCCCAUGGUGCUGUUCCUGGACAGAGUGUAUGGUAUUGACAACCAGGAUUUCUUGCUCCACGUGCUGGAGGUGGGAUUUCUGCCUGACAUGAGGGCUGCUGCCUCUCUGGACACGGUUGCUUUCAGCACCACAGAGAUGGCCCUCGCUUUGAACCGCUACCUGUGUGGUGCUGUGUUGCCGCUCAUCACCAAGUGCGCCCCACUCUUUGCUGGCAGCGACCACCGCGCCAUAAUGAUCGACUCCAUGUUGCACACAAUCUACCGGCUGUCUCGUGGACGAGCCUUUACAAAGGCCCAAAGAGACAUCAUUGAAGAGUGCCUCAUGGCCUUGUGCAAACAUCUACGUCCCUCCAUGCUUCAGCACCUGCUCAGACGGCUGGUGUUUGAUGUGCCCAUUCUGAAUGAGUAUGCCAAAAUGCCACUGAAGCUUCUAACCAAUCACUAUGAGCGUUGCUGGAAAUAUUAUUGCCUGCCUAAUGGUUGGGCCAACUUUGGGCUGGCGUCAGAGGAGGAGCUGCAUCUGACCCGAAAACUGUUUUGGGGAAUCUUUGAAUCUUUGGCACACAAGAAAUUUGAUGCAGAGAUUUUCAAAAUAUCAAUGCCAUGCAUCUGCGCCAUCGCUGGAGCCAUUCCUCCCGACUAUGUAGAUGCCACUUACUCCUCCAAAACAGAGAAAAAGGCGUCAGUAGAUGCAGAGGGAAACUUUGAUCCGAAACCAGUGGAGACGACAAAUACCAUCAUCCCUGAGAGACUGGAUCCCUUCAUCAACAAAUAUGCAGAAUAUACCCAUGAUAGAUGGGCCUUUGAAAAGAUCCAGAAUAACUGGUCCUAUGGUGAAGUGUUGGAUGAAAAUGCAAAAACUCAUCCGAUGCUGAGGCCGUACAAAACCUUCUCAGAGAAAGACAAAGAGAUCUACCGUUGGCCGAUCAAAGAGUCAGUCAAAGCCAUGGUGGCGUGGGAGUGGACCAUAGAUAAAGCGAGAGAGGACGAGGAGUCGGACAAGAAGAAAGCAUCCUCACGUAAAAUCUCACAGACCGCUCAGGCAACCUAUGACCCAAGCCAUGGCUACAGUCCACAGCCCAUUGACAUCACACAUAUGUCUCUUUCAAGGGAUCUGCAGUCUAUGGCAGAGCAACUGGCAGAAAAUUACCAUAACACCUGGGGACGAAAGAAAAAGUUAGAGAUGCAGUCCAAGGGAGGUGGAACACAUCCUCUACUGGUGCCAUACGAUACUCUGACGGCCAAAGAAAAGGCACGAGACAGAGAGAAGGCUCAUGAACUGCUCAAGUUCCUGCAGCUUAAUGGAUAUGCUGUUACAAGGGGCCUGAAAGACAUGGAGGGUGACAUCUCAUCCAUCGAGAAGAGAUUUGCUUAUGGUUUCCUGCAGAAGCUGUUGAAAUGGAUGGAAAUUGCCCAGGAGUUCAUUGCUCAUCUUGAGGCUGUGGUGAGCAGUGGACGAGUGGAGAAGUCUCCUCACGAGCAGGAAAUCAAAUUCUUCGCCAAGAUCUUGAUGCCUCUAAUCAACCAGUAUUUCAAAAACCACUGCCUCUACUUCUUGUCAACACCUGCGAAAGUCCUGGGCAGCGGUGGCCAUUCCUCCAAUAAGGAGAAGGAGAUGAUUGCAAGCAUCUUCUGUAAAAUGUCCGCUCUGGUGAGACACAGAGUUUCUCUCUUUGGAACCGAUGCUUCAGCAAUCGUUAACUGUCUUCACAUUCUGGCACGGUCACUGGACGCAAGGACAGUAAUGAAGUCAGGGCCGGAGAUUGUGAAAGCGGGGCUGCGGUCGUUCUUUGAGAGCGCUGCUGAUGAUAUAGAGAAGAUGGUGGAGAAUCUCAAACUGGGCAAAGUUUCCAAAGGGAAUCAGCAAGUCAAAGGCGUGUCUCAGAACAUCAACUACACCACCAUCGCCCUGCUGCCAGUGCUCACCUCCCUGUUCGACCACAUCGCACAGCACCAGUUUGGAGAUGAUGUCAUGUUGGAUGAUCUACAGAUGUCGUGCUAUCGCAUCAUGUGUAGCAUCUACUCCUUAGGGACUGUCAAGAAUCCACAUGUUGAGAGGCAGAGGCCAGCUCUUGGAGAAUGUUUGGCUCACCUUGCAGCAGCCAUGCCAGUCGCCUACGUAGAACCCCAUCUGAAUGAAUACAAUGCUUUCUCUGUCUACACCACAAAGACGCCGAGGGAGAGAGCCAUCUUGGGCCUUCCCAGUGAGGUCCAGGAACUCUGUCCAGACAUUCCCGAGCUGGAUUCUCUGUUGAAGGAGAUUGGAGACUUGGCCGAGUCGGGGGCUCGUUACACUGAGAUGCCUCACGUGAUUGAAAUUACUUUGCCCAUGCUGUGUAACUACCUGCCUCGCUGGUGGGAGAGAGGGUUCGAAAACUUCCCUGAAUUGGAGGGCCAGCUCUGCACCGAGGUCACGUCAGAACACCUCAAUCAGCUGCUGGGUAGCAUCAUGAAAAUUGUAGUCAACAACUUGGGUAUCGAUGAGGCCUCUUGGAUGAAGAGGUUGGCUGUGUUUUCGCAGCCCAUUGUCAGCAGGGCCAAGCCAGAGAUGCUCAAGUCCCACUUCAUCCCAACAAUGGAGAAGCUGAAGAAACGCACAUCGAAGGUGGUGGCUGAAGAGGAUCAUCUGAGGAUGGAGGGCAAAUCCGAGGGAGAUGAAGAAGAUGGAACGAUACGGGAUGAGUUUGCUGUCCUCUGCAGGGACUUGUAUGCACUCUACCCUCUACUGAUUCGCUAUGUGGACAACAACAGGGCAAGAUGGCUGACGUGCCCUGACCCCGAUGCAGAAGAGCUCUUCCGAAUGGUUGGAGAAGUCUUUAUUUUUUGGUCCAAAUCUCACAACUUCAAGAGAGAAGAACAGAACUUUGUGGUGAUGAAUGAGAUCAAUAACAUGUCAUUCCUCACUGCUGACAGCAAGAGCAAAAUGACCAAGGGCGGGGACUCAGAGGGAGGAGGCUCCGACACCGAACGCACCAAGAAGAAGAAACGGGGAGAUCGCUACUCUGUGCAGACGUCACUUAUUGUGGCUGCUUUGAAAAAGAUGCUCCCCAUAGGCCUCAACAUGUGCUCCCCCGCCGAUCAGGAACUUAUCAACUUGGCCAAGAUCCGAUACUCUUUGAGAGACACUGAUGAAGAAGUGAGAGAGUUCCUGCAGAACAAUCUUCAUCUUCAAGGGAAGGUGGACAACCCAUCCAUGCGCUGGCAGAUGGCUCUGUACAAGGAGAUGGCGGGGAAGGCCGAAGAUGCUGAUGCUCCGAUGAAAGUAGUGAAGAGAGUUCAGGAGGUUUCUGCUGUCCUCUACCACCUGGAAGUGACGGAGCACCCGUUUAAAUCCAAGAAGAUGGUGUGGCACAAACUGUUGUCCAAGCAGAGACGCAGGGCUGUGGUCGCUUGCUUCAGAAUGACACCACUUUACAACAUCCCCAGGCACAGAGCUUCAAAUAUGUUCCUCGAGGGAUACAAGCGCAACUGGCUUCACACUGAGGGUUACUCAUUUGAAGACAGGAUGAUAGAUGACUUGUCUAAAGCAAUGGAGCAAGAGGAAGGAGACGAAGAGGAGGAGAGAGAAACAAAGCCGGAUCCUCUUCACCAGCUCAUUCUGCAUUUCAGUCGUACCGCUCUAACAGAAAAGAGUAAACUAGAUACAGAUCACCUGUAUAUGGCUUAUGCAGAUAUUAUGGCAAAGAGUUGCCAUAUUGGUGAGGAAGAAGAAGGAGAGGAAAUAGUGGAAAGUGCUGAAGAUGAGCUGCCGUUUGAGGUGCGACAGUCAGAACUGGAAAAAGAAAUGGAGAAACAAAGGCUCCUGUACCAGCAGUCCAGACUUCAUAAUCGUGGUGCUGCAGAGAUGGUUCUGCAAAUGAUCAGUGCCUGCAAAGGCGAGACAGGCCCGAUGGUGUCCACAACACUAAAGCUGGGUAUCUCCAUCCUUAACGGUGGAAACUGUGAGGUUCAACGAAAAAUGCUGGAGUACCUGAGGGAUAAGAAGGACGUGGGCUUCUUUUUGAGUGUCCAAGCUUUGAUGCAGACAUGCUCUGUCCUGGAUCUAAAUGCCUUCGAGAGGCAGAACAAGGCAGAGGGGCUGGGCAUGGUUUCCGAAGAGGGCACGAAUGAGAAAGUGAUGGCAGACGAUGAGUUCACCUGUGACCUCUUCCGUUUCUUGCAGUUGCUUUGUGAAGGUCACAAUAACGACUUUCAGAACUAUUUGCGGACCCAGACGGGAAGCACAACGACCAUCAACGUCAUCAUCUGCACCGUAGAUUACCUCCUCCGACUUCAGGAGUCUAUCAGUGAUUUCUACUGGUACUACUCUGGGAAGGACGUAAUCGAUGAACCAGGCAAAAAGAAUUUCUCCAAAGCUAUGAUUGUGGCGAAGCAGAUUUUUAACAGUCUAACUGAAUAUAUUCAGGGCCCAUGCACUGGCAACCAGCAGUCCCUGGCCCACAGCAGGCUGUGGGAUGCUAUUGUCGGGUUCCUUCAUGUCUUUGCCCACAUGAUGAUGAAGCUGGCACAGGACUCGAGCCAGAUCGGUUUGCUGAAGGAGCUUCUUGACCUGCAGAAAGACAUGGUUGUUAUGUUGCUCUCACUGUUGGAGGGCAACGUGGUUAAUGGUACGAUCGCCCGCCAGAUGGUGGACAUGCUGGUGGAGUCCUCCAGUAACGUUGAGAUGAUCCUCAAGUUCUUUGACAUGUUCCUCAAACUGAAAGACAUCGUGGCUUCGGACGCUUUCCGAGAUUAUGUCACGGACCCGCGAGGACUGAUCUCCAAGAAGGACUUCCAGAAGGCCAUGGACAGUCAGAAACAGUACGCCCCCUCGGAGAUCCAGUUUCUUCUGUCCUGCUCGGAGGCUGAUGAGAACGACAUGAUCAACUACGAGGAGUUUGCCAGUCGCUUUCAGGAACCCGCCAAAGAUAUCGGCUUCAACAUCGCUGUGCUGCUCACCAACCUGUCUGAGCACGUCCCCCAUGACACCAGGCUACAGAACUUCCUCGGGCAGGCAGAGAGUGUGCUGAACUACUUCCGCCCCUUCCUGGGCCGUAUUGAAAUAAUGGGCGCCAGCAGAAAGAUUGAGCGCAUCUACUUUGAAAUCAGUGAAGUGAACCGCAAGCAGUGGGAGAUGCCCCAAGUCAGAGAGUCCAAACGACAGUUUAUCUUUGAUGUGGUCAAUGAGGGGGGGGAAUCCGAGAAAAUGGAAAUGUUUGUCAACUUCUGUGAGGACACCAUCUUUGAGAUGAAUAUAGCCUCUCAGAUUUCAGAGCAGGAGGAAGAGGAGAAGGGAGAGGAGGAUGACAAAGUAGAGGAAAGUGGAGGUGAGGCAGGACAAGGAGGGGGAGCAAACGGAGGAGGGGAUGAGGACAGUAACGGGGAGGAAGGAGAGCCCGAAUCGAGCUCGGCCUUUGCAGACUUUAUAAACAGCAUGUUGGGCUUCUUUAGCAUUUUCACCUUCCGUAACCUUCGCAGACAAUAUCGCAGAGUGAGGAAGAUGACCAUCAAAGAGAUCGUGGUGGCUCUGUCCACUUUCUUCUGGACCAUCCUGAUGAGCAUACUCCACUUCAUUUACAAUGUGUGCAAAGGCUUCUUUAUGAUCAUCUGGCAAACUCUGUUCGGUGGUGGCCUAGUGGAGGGGGCGAAAAAUAUCACGGUGACGGAGAUUUUAGCCAGCAUGCCGGACCCCACGCAGGACGACGUGCACGGGGACGGACCCGGGGAGCCGAGGACGGGGGAGGAACAAGAGACUGGGGGGGUGACGGACACUGGAGAGACUGGCAGUGGGGAGGAGGAAGAGGAGGACACCCAGGAAAAAGAGGGGGGGAGGAUACCAGGUAUGGAUGCUCCAGGUGGACUCGGUGACAUGGGUGUAGAGGCAGCUGUCGAACCUCCUACACCCGAAGGAACGCCCAUAACAAAGAGGAAAAAGGUAAGGGAAAAGGAGACCCCUGGAAUUGUGGUGGUUACUGUCCAGAAACCCCCCGAACCUGUUCCAGUAGCAGAGCCUCCUCCAGAACCUGAAAAAGCAGAUGUUGAAUCUGGAGAGAAAGAGGAGAAAGAAUCCCAGAGCAAAGAGAAAGAGCAGCCAGAAGAACCCAGGAAAUCUGCAAAGAAAAAAGAGAAGAAGCCGAAAAGGGAGGGAGGCUUUCAGAUCUGGGCUGAGCUGGAAACCCAAAGAAUGAAAUUCAUGAACUACCUCUCCAGAAACUUUUACAACCUGCGUUUUUUGGCUCUGUUCCUUGCAUUUGCGCUGAACUUCAUUCUGCUGUUCUACAAGGUGUCUGAAGUCCCACCCGGUGGUGAGGAAAUGGAAGGAUCUGGAAUGGGGGAGGGCAGCGGGCUGUUCGAGGGCUCUGGCUUGUUUGAAGGUUCAGGGGAAGAAGCUGAGGGAUCUGGAUGGGAUGAUGGAGAAGACGAGGAUGAGGAAGACGUGCCGGUUUAUUUCUAUUUAGAGGAGAGCACGGGCUACAUGCAGCCCACCAUGGCCUUCAUCGCCCUCCUGCACACAGUCAUCUCGUUCAUCUGCAUCAUCGGCUACAACUGCCUCAAGAUUCCACUUGUGAUCUUUAGAAGAGAGAAAGAACUCGCAAGAAAGCUUGAGUUUGAUGGACUUUACAUCACCGAGCAGCCUGAGGACGAUGACAUCAAGGGCCAGUGGGACCGUCUGGUCCUCAAUACACCCUCCUUCCCGAACAACUAUUGGGAUAAAUUUGUCAAACGAAAGGUUCUUGAUAAGUACGGAGACAUUUACGGCAGAGAAAGAAUCGCCGAACUGCUCGGUGUUGAUUUAGCCUCCCUGGACGUGAGUAAGGAGCACGAGAAGAAACAGGAAGAACCAGACAACUCUGUGUUUGCAUGGGCGACCACCGUCGACAUCAAGUACCAGAUCUGGAAAUUUGGUGUUGUGUUCACAGACGGUACUUUCCUGUAUCUCUGUUGGUACCUGAUAAUGUCUUUGCUUGGACAUUACAACAACUUCUUCUAUGCCUGUCACCUGCUGGACAUCGCCAUGGGUGUGAAAACUCUCCGCACGAUCCUGUCCUCAGUCACACACAACGGCAAACAGCUCAUGAUGACUGUGGGCUUGUUGGCCGUGGUGGUGUACCUCUACACCGUCAUCGCCUUCAAUUUCUUCCGCAAGUUUUACAACAAGGGCGAGGAGGAGGACGAACCAGAUAUGAAAUGCGAUGACAUGAUGACUUGUUACUUGUUUCACAUGUACGUGGGUGUGCGGGCUGGAGGAGGCAUCGGGGAUGAGAUCGAGGAUCCUGCUGGAGAUGAAUACGAGCUGUAUCGAGUGGUCUUUGAUAUAACCUUCUUCUUCUUCGUCAUUGUCAUUCUGCUGGCUAUUAUUCAGGGUCUGAUCAUUGAUGCCUUUGGAGAACUCAGAGACCAACAAGAGCAGGUCAAGGAAGACAUGGAGACAAAAUGCUUCAUAUGUGGCAUUGGGAGCGACUACUUCGACACGACGCCACAUGGGUUCGAAACUCACACUUUAGAUGAGCACAACCUGGCCAAUUACAUGUUCUUCUUAAUGUAUCUUAUCAACAAAGAUGAUACAGAGCACACUGGACAGGAGUCGUACGUGUGGAAGAUGUACCAGGAGCGUUGCUGGGACUUCUACCCGGCUGGAGACUGUUUCAGAAAACAAUACGAGGACCAGCUCUCCUAA